AACGGAGUAUGUUUAAAUUUUCCCGCGGAUGGCGGUAACGUCGCUUUCAUCAACGUCCGCCCCUUGCGUCUUGCGUCCUGCGCAGCUACGCCACCAAUAGGUCCACCGGGCCGAACGAGUGCUAGUCAAGUUAGUAUAACUCGUGACGUCGCGGUUGUAGGUUGUUCGUUCUUCUUGUGAUCGUGGUAUGCCGUCUCUUCGGCGAUGUGACCGGUUUUCAAAGUGACGUGCGUUUUUUCGUACAUCUUAUCGCGACUGAAACCGUUCGCCGGAUCAACGGAGCGUCGGUAAACAUAACACGUAGAAAGUCGUCAGUUUUUAAUUUUGACUUGCGUCGCGUCUGUCACGUUCAUCUCGUAUCAAAGUUCGCUUACACGUUUCAAAAGAACCAUACAUUGUUCCUUACCUCGUGUAACGUUGAAUCGGUGCUCGAUAUCCGUAAAUGUCGCUGCUAGAUCAGAUCGGCAAUGAUGCUUGGCUUCCGGAUCCGGAGUGCGGGAAGCGUACUGUGAAGCGCCAUUCGAACUACUUCGAUCGUGAUCGUUUCAAUUGUUCGUGCUUCUAGUCGGACGCUCAGUGUCAACGACAGUGUCAGUCUGGUUAAUCGGUCCAGUGUCUCGAAGGAAAUACGGAACAACUGACAUUUGUGUCUGGAACGUUGAACGGAGUGGCGUCGUUCUUUUUCUCUACAAGCCUUCGAAAGGCGUUACGGUCGGAAGUUGGCCGCGGUCGCGGUGUGGCGCGCGCGUCCAAACGAUAAUUCGAGUGUGAAAGCAUUGCGAGUCGAAAGUGAACGUCGCGUCGGAUGGUAGUAAGUAGGUGGAAAGGAAGGAGCGGAACGAAAUAAUAAACGCGUACGAACGGAAAUAAAUUUUCUGGCGAAUAAGACGGGAAUCGAAGUGUUUCCGAUUCGAGGACGAAGAGGAAGGCCGGUGAAACAUGUCGAGGCUGUUGAAAGGCGAACCGACGGGCGGUUAUGUCAUUGACUCGAAUGCGGCUCGUCGAAUGUAUUAACCCGUACGUCGAUGACGCGUAUCGUGUCGUAAGAGAAGAAAGAAACGGUGGCGGAGGACGAGCACCGGACACGCACGGCAUCCGUCGGGGGAACAGCAGUCUUCUGAUCUAGCCAAAGAAAGAAAAGCAGGCCAGGCGUCGUGCCUCCCACUGCCUACCGGAAGUCAUAUGCCCAUACACGCGCGGAAAACGGUAAAUCAACGUAGAAGCCAUCAGCUCUAACGAGCGUACACGUUUAGUUUGCAUUGGACCGAAGCACGCACGCCUGACCUUCCACUUCUGUUCGUUUUCUUUUCUUUGGUUCGCCUUCAUUGUUUCGUCCUUUUCCCAUCAGCGUGCAGCUUGCGAAGAAAUCGAAAUGGUCGAGCUGUGCGGAAGCGGACCGCCGAGUUCAGCGAUGGGAGUGAUGGGGAUCGGUUCGGUAGUAUCCGCGGCUACGUCGUCCUCGUCCUCGUCGACCACGACCACCGCGGCAUCGUCCUCGGCCUCAGGACGCGCGGGUGUCCUGGAAACUCAGGUCCGCGGCCAAUGGUACCGUGUAUUCGUCUCUCUCGAGGAUGAUUACUUGAGUAUCUCCUUGGACGAGAGCUGCGAGACGGGCAAUAACGCCUUGAACAACGGCAACAUCAAUAACAACAACGUGGAUAGCCUGAACGAUCCAGACGUGCCGGAUUCGGUGGCGAAUCAGAAACGGAUCGUACGCGUAGUGAAAAGCGACAACAACGGCCUCGGUAUCUCGAUCAAGGGCGGCAAGGAGAACAAAAUGCCGAUCUUGAUCUCGAAAAUCUUCAAGGGGAUGGCGGCGGACGCGACCGAACAACUGUACGUGGGCGACGCUAUCCUGGCGGUAAACGGGGAGGAUCUGCGCGAGGCGACACACGACGAAGCGGUGAAGGCGCUCAAGAGGGCUGGCAAGGUCGUCGAGCUUGAAGUGAAGUAUCUGAGAGAGGUUACACCCUACUUCAGGAAAGCCUCGAUCAUCCAGGAAGUCGGAUGGGAGCUUCAGCGCGGUUUCCUCAGCGCGACGCCUCCUCCGCCGAAGUCACCACCGCGAGCUGAUACUCGUUAUCUGCCGUUGCAACUCUGCCGACUCACCAGGUCUCAUCCUUCCUCGGAUCCCGAGGGACGAAUCCUGGAACUGCAUUCACCGGAUGGGGUGCACGAAUGUUGGUUGAGGGCCGCUGACAACGCCGAAGCGAACGUCUGGUUCAACGCUCUUCACUCGGCUCUGGCAGCUCUCACCUUGAAGGCGUUGCGAUUAGCUUCCGCACUUCCAGAUCCGCCGCAGCUACAACACAUCGGCUGGCUCGCCAGGAGACACUGUCUUCAGAACGGACGUGCCAGCAGCGAGAGCAGCGAGGACGGAGCGGGAAGCAGCGCGAGUACCUCGCGAGGAGCCGGAAGCGGAUUCGGCCUAGGGGGUGCGUGCACCGGAGGAUGGCGCAGCGUUUUCGGUGCGGUUUCCGGCCGAGAAUUGAGGCUGUACGAGUGCGCCCCUUGGAGCCCGGAAGCAUGGGCCUCGCCCAGCAUCACCUGCCCUUUGAUAGCAACUCGAUUGGUGUCCUCCCCGGCAAGACAGAGCGAGGCAGCCAGCAGCAGUAGUGGAACGACGCAACACGCCGCGACGUUUGCGGUACGAGUAGGCACAAUUGACGGCGUCGUGACGCAUCAUCUCCGCGCCGAGACGCGGAGGGAUUUAGCUGCCUGGGCCAGGGCAAUCGUUCAGGGCUGUCACGCGGCUGCUCAUUCGUUACGAGAAUACACCGUUCGAUGCACGUGGCAAGGAAAGGCGUGUCAGCUGGUUGUCAAUCACGAAGACGGUUUCACGCUUUACGCGGCCGGGACAAGGGGCGUGGGUGGAAACGGGGUGAGUCCAGGUUCACCGCCGACCCCGUUGUGGAGAAAAUCCUUCGACAAAUUGAAAAUGUCCGCGGACGAUGGGGCGCGUCUAUUGUGGCUCGAUUUCGGCGGCGAAGAUGGAGAGAUUGAGCUGGAUUUGGAUAGUUGUCCAAAGCCGAUCGUGUUCGUUCUGCACAACUUCCUCUCAGCAAAGAUUCAUCGGCUCGGUUUGAGCGCAUAGGGGUACGAGGGGGCCCCUACGGAGGCCCCCGAUCUGCCACCCCACACCACCAGGUCCGUCACCAGUGUCUUCCUCCACUGAAUCCAUGCGAUUCGCCAUGGACAGAGAGAGAGAGAGAGAGAGAGAAGGAGAAUAGAAGAAAGGUGGCAGGGUAGGCAGAAGAAAGCAAAGAACAACCAUAGGAACGUCUCGAUGGACCAGGAAGAACCGAUCAAGCUUCCAUGGAACAAUAUAAAAAGGGACUCCCGAGGAUCCUUUUAACACUGGAUCCGUGUUUUUUCUCGCGCUUCUAACCCCGAACCGAUCGGGGUUGAAUUACAGAGUGAAGGAUCGAUCAAGAUGGUCCGUGAUCGAGUUGCUCGAUAGGGAAGAAAGACUCUCUAAAAGAAAGAAAGAAAGUAAUAUUUAACCGGGCGAUUACGAAGCCAUCCACCACGCGAUUUUUCCAGGAAAGUACACGCAACAAGUAGGCUAGAAUGAGUGGGAGGGACUGGGAGGGGAGAAUCGUAACUAAUCAACGCGCCUAAAGUAACCGAUUAAAACUAUCUACCCUAACGCUAAGUAAAACGAAUGAAAGAGAAAAGAAAAAAAGAUAAAUUAAUGGUGUUAUUUAAAGAUGGUGAGAAGAUGAUGAAAGCACGAUUUCAUGGAGUUGUGAGACUAGGAGAAGCUAAUCAAUUACUGUCCAACCCGUACGCUGCCCGUUGGCUCUUCUCUUUUCGACUUCCGCCCCUCGUUCAUCGCCCGAUCUUUCAUCCACCACCACCACCAACAACAACAACAACAGCAACAUGAAAAGGUUUGAAGAGAAAUGUGUUUGUGUGUAUGUAUGUAUGUCUGUGUGUUGUAAAGUUCUAGCAUCAUCCAGCCAAGUUUCGUAACGUCUGUGAAAAGCGACUUUAAGGAGUUCACAGCGUUAAUCUCUCCGGCUGGAACAACAGCUGAUGGCGAAACUUUAGAUAACAGGGUGUGCUUCGUUUCGUCCUGCGAUAUUUACGCGAGUUACUCCGAACCGGAGGAUCGAUAAAUUAUUAUCGCGAUUGGCUCGUACUUUUUCACCUUGUUACUAGAGGAUUUCUAAGUAUCUUCUAGGUGAAGAGAGAGAGGUGGAGAAAGUUGUGGUAUCUUGAAAGGAGUGAUCGCAGAGGUGGAUCAUCUCCCAUGCGAUGAGACGACCAACGGGCGGACGUUAAUAGUUGUUUUGUACGAUUCGUAUUCUUAACGCGAGUAAAUGUAUGAUGCCAAGAAACGUCGAUGUGUAUACCUGGUAGCUGUACGAUUGAUUUUUCUUGCUUUCUUCAGGUGGUGGACUCGUGGAGAUAGAUGGGAGACCUGGGUGUACCUAUGUACUUAUUUGAAAUAAUUUUCAAACACCCCAACAGAUGGAAUAAUUAUGAAAAUUAUGUGAUCGUUCAUUUGAACCCAAAGAGGAUCAAAGGAUUAUUUCUCACUUUCAUUAAAUUAAUUAGAUAGCAAUUCAUAAUUGAAGUUAAGAAAUAUCUCUAUUAAAAUAUCCCUUAAAUGAAUCCUCUUAAAAUAAUUCCAGCAUCGUACUAAUAAACCACCCUAUUCGUGUAACGAAGUUUCCUAUCGAAACACAACCCUUUCCCUCGUCCAUAAAUUCGUAGAUAAAGCACCCAGGGCCCAUCUACUUUUCUUUAGAACGGUUGUAAAACGAGUGAAGGAAUCUGACCGGAGGCAAGAACGAACCACAAAGAUGUCAGAGACGAAUAUAAAAUCGAGAUAGAGCAAUGUAAUCCCAUAGGGUGAUUCCAAUCUCAAUUCGAGUUACCCUCCCUGUAAGAUAGAAAGAGAAAAUCGUCGAGUAACGAAAGAAUUAUUCGCAUUACGAGGCAAACCGGUGCAACUCGGAGCCAAGAAGCUAUCGAAUGCUGAGGUAUGAGUGUUCGUGUAAGAGAGUGCAGUUUCCUUUUCAUCUGUAUAAAUCCGUGCACCUGGCCUCGUCUGGCUUUUCUUAUGGUGCGGCCGUACGAUAAUAAGAUUUCGACAUUAAGUAGAACAUAUCAACGAAUCCACGUACCAUUGAUUGUGUCCAUUCGUCUGCCAGCGGUUCCUUUCGCUGUAAGUCCGUUUAACCACUUCGUUAUCUCAUUAAUUAACAAAAUGAAUUUUUUAACUUUACCGUUUCUUUACAACUAGACAGGUUUACAUUUCAAAAUUGAAUAAUAAUUGAAUUAUAUAAAAUGGCAGCCAACGUGUUAAUCUAUUUUUGCCGUGAACUCCAAUUAUUGAGGAUAAAAUUACAUUUAAUUAAUAUUCACCAUGAAAAAUUCAGGAAAUCGAUCUGACUCAAAACGUAACCAGAUUUAUCAGAUCGCGUUCCAUUAAUACUUUCACAGCCAAUGAAUUUCACUCGAUUCUAAAGCUACAAAGUUGUGCAAUUAUGAGGGAGAUAAACGUUCGAACAUCCGAUUGCACGUAUCGUGCAACAAAUCCCUCGCUGGAUGAAUUUUCCAUUAAACGUAUCCAUCGAUGAUACAGUAAAGGAGAUGUAAAAAGUAACAAUAACGUGACAUACUGCAAACGAUCAUUUUGCACCGUCGACAUUCGACAUAUGUUAACGCGUGAAACUUGUACAGAAGUUGUUCGACACGUUCGAUCGUCCACCUAAUAGCCAAGAUACAAGGUGUUGAGGCAAUCACGGUUUAUCGAUCGAAGGGUUCAAUUAGCACGUUAGUCGCUAAUUAACGCGUGAAAUUAGGAACGAUAGGUAGAAACGAGCCACCGCUUGAUGCGCCGAUUCACCGAAUCAACGCUUCCGACUCGAAUACGCGUUUACCUUAUCGAAUUCCAACCAGAAUCACCGUUUAACUCGUUAAAGUGGCUGCUCUAAUUGAACGGGACACGGCUCGUUGCCGUUCUACGAUCGUAUCGUUAAAAACAAUAUUCCCCCUGUUGGCGAUUUUGCAACCGACCGUUCUACCAAUUCCGUCUGAACACGGAGAAACGCGGCCAAAGAUGAUCGUUGGCUUCGAAAGGGUUAAUGGAUAAUUAUGCGAAACGGGACGGUCUGUUCUUCGUAGAAACAUUUGUAAACGCAUUGAUAAUUAAUACGACGCUUAGGGCGAAAGGAACGCGCGCACACAUAAGCGUGUACACAAACGCAUAUACACAGAGAAAGAGAGAAGGGAGAAACACCCGCCUAGGGAACGAUUAAUCGCAAGAAUAAGUUUGAAACAUCGACGAGAUUCUGUUGAAAGGAUUUGCGCGCAAACUGUGUAUUUUUCUAAUGAUUUUAGGACACGUCGUUUCUCUUUUUUCCUUCCAUAAAAAAGAGGCACGAGGUCCUGUUGCGUUUUCGAUUUCCUUUAUCUUCUUUUUCCUUUCUCUAGGUUUAAGAGAACGUUAAACGUGUAUAUCUAUGAGUUACCAAAUAAAUGAGACCGGUUAGAAAAA